CACCUGUCACCAAUAUUUAGUGCCAGAAAAAGCCAGACUGCAAACUGAGCUAGACGAUCUGUUUGCUUAUUUUAAGGAACCAACCUAAUUGGAGGCACAGACCUGAUGAGGAGACUGCAGUUGAUUGAAAGAUGAUGGCCUGGUCAAGGGCUCAGUGUGCAGAGUGCUUUGUGGUCCUCCUGGGUCUCAUAACGUUGACCUUUUCUUUGGGGAAUAUCUCAAGUAGAGUACAGGAUGAGGGUGUAGCCUCUAACAGUCUGGAAGACGGAAUAGAGGUGACUACGUAUUGGUGGGGAGAAUGGGCAAAGUGGACAGCCUGCACACGCACUUGUGGAGGGGGGGUCAUGUCUCAGGAGAGACAUUGUCUUAAGCAAAGAAAGAGAACAACAACUGGAAAGGACAACAUGACAUGUACAGGGAGUGCAAAAAGGUACCAUCUCUGUAAUACAAAGGACUGCCCCUCAACUGGAAGAAGCUUCCGAGAGGAGCAGUGCUGGUCAUUUAACUCUCAGGUAUUCAAUGGAAAGAGCUACCACUGGAAACCCCUUUACCCAGAUGACUAUGUUCACAUCUCCAGCAAUCCCUGUGACCUUCAUUGCACUACUUCAGAUGGUCAGAGGCAGCUAAUGGUACCAGCCCGUGAUGGGACUUCUUGCAAGUAUAGCAAUUAUAAAGGAGUCUGUGUAAAUGGCAGGUGUGAGCCUAUUGGAUGUGAUGGCAUUCUCUUCUCUCCCAACACACUGGAUAAGUGUGGAGUGUGUCAAGGUGAUGGGAGCAGCUGCAGUAGGAUAACUGGUAACUUUCGUCGUGGGUCUUCUAACCUUGGAUAUUCCUUCAUUACCCAGAUCCCUGAAGGCUCAUGGGACAUCCAGAUUAUUGAGAGAAAGAAGGCUGCAGAUAUACUGGCUGUGACAGAUCAAGCAGGAAACUUCUUCUUUAAUGGCGCUUACAAGGUGGACAGCCCUCAGAACUUCCAUGUGGCAGGCACCAUCUUCAAGUACCGGAGGCCCACCGAUGUGUAUGAGACGGGGAUUGAGUACAUCGUGGCGAAAGGGCCCAUCAAUCAGCCCAUCAAUGUUCUGGUUUGGAACCAGAACGGUCGCAACCCUUACAUCACCUACGAGUACACAGUGAUGCGAGACCCUCUUACUCCUGUCUCCCAGCCACCCAUCUACACUGGCUCAGAUGGAGGAUCCAGUCACCUAGUCUCCAUGGAGAUUAACAAUAUGCCAACCCACAAUGAGAGUAUCAAUGACAAAGUUGUCCCAGAGGCACAGAGGAAGCAGAACAUUGGGCCUGGUGAAGUGGACAAACCCGGUGCAGAGACCAAUGAAGUCUAUGAGGACACUGCUGCUGUAGACUGUAAUCAGGAUGCUCCAACACCCCUGCAUUUUCCAGAUGGAAAUAGCAGCUGGCCAAGUGGAGUGGUUGCCCCUGGCACUGUAACUGCAAGCAGACCUACAGAGGAGAUGGUGGAUUCAGCAAAUUUCAUAUGGAGGAUGUUUCUUGCACGUUGCACAUUGCACAUUAACAUUUCAACAAAUCAGCUUCUUAGUGAGGGUGAAAGCCUCAUCUCUGAAGCAGAACCAGCAGAAUUGGGCUACAGCAGCUCAGAGCAAGGGAACAUCAAUGGAUCGUUUCUUGAGUUCUCUCUAGGCCGUCGCCGCAAUGACACAGGAGAUCUUUUUCAGAACAGGACGCUGAUUACCAGCGUAAGGAAUGGCAGCCGUUCUAAUCGCACCAGAAACCAACAGAGAGUUACUGGGAAGAACAAAUUGAGUUCUGCAGAUAUGUAUCGUUGGAAAUUGUCCUCUCAGGAGCCAUGCAGCAUGACAUGCUCAAUAGGUGUGACAAGGUCCUUUGCUAUGUGUGUACGGCAUGAUGGUGUUGAGGUAGACGACUCUUACUGUGACUCUUUGACUCGCCCUGAAGCAGUGCAUGAUUUCUGCAUUGGAAGGGAGUGCCAGCCAAGGUGGGAGGCCAGCAGCUGGAGUGAGUGCUCACGGACCUGUGGUGAGGGUUUUCAGUUCCGGCUCGUGCGCUGCUGGAAGAUGCUGGCACCUGGCCUGGAUAGCUCAGUCUACAGCGAUCUGUGCAUGGAUGCUGAGCUAGAGCGCCCUCCAGAGCGUCGGUCCUGCAAGAGCCCUACCUGUGGCCCACAGUGGGAAAUGGCUGAGUGGUUAGAGUGCCCAGCAAAAUGUGGCCACAGAGAUUUAGUGACUCGUGAGGUCAGGUGCUCAGAUGAAGUCAGGCCAUGUGAUGAGGCAACUCAGCCUCCAUCGUCCAAGAACUGCACUGGUCCACCUUGUGAUCGCCAAUGGACAGUCUCUAUGUGGGGCCCGUGCUCAGGUCUUUGUGGACAGGGGAAGAUGGUACGUCAUGUGUACUGCAAAACCCCAGAGGGCCGAGUGGUGCCUGAGUCUCAGUGUUCACUAGAGAAUAAACCAUUGGCCACUCAUCCCUGUGGAGAUAAAGAGUGCCCACCACACUGGCUGACUCAAGACUGGGAAAGGUGUAACACAACAUGUGGACGUGGAACAAAGCGAAGGACUGUGCUAUGCGUUGGUAUCACUGGUGGCAAGUUUCAAAUUCAUGAGGAAGAGGAAUGUGAUGCUAGCAAGCGACCAGAAGAUGAGGACACUUGUUUUGAGAGACCUUGCUUCAAGUGGUAUAUGACUCCUUGGUCUGAGUGUACCAAGACAUGUGGAGUGGGAGUGAGAAUGAGGGAUGUGAAAUGCUACCAAGGAAGAGAACUUGUUCGUGGAUGUGACCCUCUGACUAAGCCUGUUAACAAACAGACCUGUGCACUGCAGCCUUGCCCCACUGAACCACCAGAUGACAACUGCCAGGAUCGUCCCAGCACCAAUUGCUCUCUGGCUAUUAAAGUCAACCUUUGCAGUCACUGGUAUUACAGCAAGGCGUGUUGCCAUUCGUGUCGGAAUCAACGUACCACCUAGUUUCUAAUUUGCAAAGUUAAUGCACUCAAUUUUGCACCAUUGGGUAAUAUGCAAAAAUUCAAGAGAUUCUGGAGGAAAAUAUUUAAUGCAUAGGAUCCACAAAUAUCUGGAGUCCUAGAAAAUCAGGCUUGACCUGUUAAAUAAUUUUUUUAAUUAUUAUUAUUACUAGUUAAAUUAAACUGCCAUUUAUGUCAGUAUUUUAGUAGCAAUAUAUGUUUUAUGACAAAGUCCCACAAAUGUGGGAUACAUAAAAGAAACUAUAAGUUAUUUUGAUUAUUGCUCUGUGGACCGUAAUUAUAAAGCAUGAGCAUUUAUGAUCCAUCACCCUGGCAGUGAUGAUAGUCAGUACUGCAUAUUAACUUGGGCUUAAGAUAAAAAAAAGUGUACAUUUAAACACAGGAUGGCUCUUCAUCCUCUGCUAGUUGCAAUGCUCUGCUGUUUCCUUGGUAUUUUAUUUAACUGUUACUGGACCAUUGCUUGUUUAUUUUUUUUAUUUAUUGGUCAGAACAGGUUAAGCAUCCCAUGUUCUCCACUCAGUCUGACAAUUCCUCUGCAGCCAGCAGCUGUUUUUGACAGCAGGGAAAAAACACCCGUUUUACUUGAUUUUCCUGAGACGUAUUAUGUGUAAUUGACUGUGUCCUGGCACUUGAACAUGUAAUAUUUUAAUUGUAUGCAAUUUAUAUAUUGCUCUUUUGUGGCACACUCCAGUUAAUAUAAUAUACCUUGCUGUUACCUCAGUGUAAAAAAACUAAAAAAAUAAAACAUUUCAUUUUAUUGUAGAUAAAAAAUGCACAUUUUGAUACCUCACACAGUAAGAUAAAUAUGAUUCCUUUUCUAAUCCAACAGCAUGUAGUAUUUUUCACAUCCUUUUUCACAUCCUGUAAAAUCAGGCAUAUUACAGUUUUUUACUUUGAAGGCUUGAAUAAAACAAUAACUUUUGACAGAUAUAGAAAUAACUGUCUGGGUUGAUUUAAAGAAACCACUGCAGUCAGUCAGUAAGUGUCAGAAUGUGACAGUUUGUAAUAUGAUGUAUACUGCGAGUCCAACAUUCCUUUUAACUUUUGCCAAAAUUGUAACCAAUUAUCUGAAAAAACUUGCGCCAUCUGCUGGUAUACUUACUCACUCACUUACUCACACACACACACACACACACACACACACACACACACACACACACACACACACACACACACACACACUGACGCUUAAUUUGCUGAUCAACGAUGGAAAAGCACUUCCAAAUGUUUUGUUAAUUAGAUUAUUAAAAUGAUCUGACAGAAAUGUGUAAUCUUUGCCAGACUCUGAACGGUCAUUGUGGUGAAUCUAUUUACUUGUAUAAAUAAAGUGGAAAAUAGAAAAUAUUAAGAAAUAUGUAGAAAUAUUAAUAAACUUAUGUUUUUUUUUAAAUGACAUGGUAACAAAUUAUCUAUUUUUAUAACCACUAGUGCAUGUAAUUCUAUAAUAAUAAUUACAAAUAAAUAUUGA